AAAGAGCUGCGGCGUUGACUGCUGACUCUCACUGGGCCUCUGCCUCCCUCCCGAGCUCCGACGAUGGCGUCCUCUACCUCGACAGCGGCGGGCACCCAAAGCCCUAGGAAGCCCCUAGGGUUUCUGCAGCACGCGAAGAAGCACAAGCACAGCUUCAUCCAGUUCUUCGCCAUGACCGGUAUCCUCCUCCUCAGCGUCAGGUCUCUGGGCCAGAAGUACCGGAUGCACGACCUCCUCGAUGACACCACGGCCCUGCGGGAGGAGCGCGACAACCUGACAAACCGGAUGGACCGCAUCAAGCGCGACCUCCGCCGCGAGGCCUCGCUCGAAUCCUCCGGCCUCUUCGCCGCUCGCCUCCGCUCCCUCUUCGGCGACGAUUGAUUCUCCGAGCCUUCUUAUGUAGGGAAUGCGUCCAGUGCUCUCUUAGCACCUGAAGCAAUUAGAGAUGUUGAUUUGGAGAUGCUGUAGUAUAAACAGUUGCAUUUCUUUGAGCUAGAUGGGGAAUAAAUGUUCAAUAAAGAGUUCAUCAUCCUUCAAA